AUGGCCGGUGAUCUGGUACCGUACAAGGCGGCGUUUCUGCGGGCUGCUGUCGACGGCGGGCCGCUUAAGUUUGGCACGUUCACGCUCAAGUCGGGCCGCGUGUCGCCGUACUUUUUCAACGCGGGCGAGUUCUACCGGGCCGAUCUGCUGGCGGCCAUCUCGACGGCCUUUGGCGAGACGAUUGCCGAGGCCGACAAGGCGGGCGAGCUCGGGGCUGCCGGCGCAGACAUGUCGAAGCCGGCCUUUGACGUGGUCUUUGGACCUGCCUACAAGGGCAUCCCGCUGGCGACGGCGGCCGUGAGCGCGCUGGCGACGCUGGAUCCGGUGCGGUACGGCCACAUCGGAUACGCCUUUGACCGCAAGGAGGCCAAGGACCACGGCGAGGGCGGCAACUUUGUCGGGGCGCCGCUGGCUGGCAAGCGGGUCCUCGUGGUCGACGACGUAAUCACGGCCGGCACGGCCAAGCGGGAAGCCGUGGCCAAGAUCCGAGCAGCCGGUGGCGAGGUUGUGGCCAUCGUGGUGGCGCUGGACCGCAUGGAGACACUGCCAGACACGCCAACCAAGGAGAGCGCUCUGGGCGCCCUGAAGCGCGAGUUCGGCCUCCCCAUCCUGUCGAUCCUGACGCUCGACGACAUCGUGGCCGGCAUGCGGUCGUUUGCGACGCCCGACGACCUGAAGCGAACGGAAGCAUACCGGGCGCAGUACAAGGCAGAGGAGUAG